GUAUCAAGCUCCCUUAAGAGGUGGAUACACACACCCCAUUUGCCGUUGAACUUGGACGACUAUACGGAACGAUCCGGGUGUAUUAGCGCGACUGUGACGACGCUAAAUUGUCAGAAGUGUUCUCUCAGUCGUGCAGAACAGUGGAAAGCUCUCUGUGUGGAGGAAAAUUUUUGUAUUGUGCCCAAUUGAAGGUUUUUCCAUGGGUGAAGUGAACUUUUUGCCUGAGCUCCAUUUUGGGUGCUCUAAAGUGGGUUUUGGGUCACAGUGAAUGAAAGUUAACAAAAGCUAAAUAGUUUUUUUUAUACUAUUGUGUGAAUUUAUUGGGGACAUAAGGAGAAUUUUCCUAGCAUUACCAAACCCCCCAAUUUUCACCAUCAACCUAAUCACAUUGAAACAUAUCGAUCGGUGUUGUGCGUCGAAUUUUUCUCGCACAACCCCCGUGUACACUGUGGGUUUCCCCGAAGGAAAACAAUUGGGGUUUGUGAGAGGUGAUUUUUCCAGAGAAAGUGCUGAAAAGAGCGUUCUCGCCUAAAAGCAUAACACUGUUUAGCAAAAUCUUCUGUCCUUCAGAAUGUCUCUGUAACUGUGUGUGUGUCCCUCCCUGAAAAGCUUCCCUUUUUUGCAAGAAAGAAACAAAAAAAACUCACACGCAAUGGCGCCAUUCAAGCUGAAGUUUCGCAUGGGCAGUUCCCGGAGUACGUCCCAGGAGACAACAGCCGAACCCGAUGUUACACAGACGCAUCAGCAACCACUGCUUGGGAGCCAACCUACAGGUUCAUCCACCACAACAAUUGAUACGGUCAGCCUGGGAUCAAUGAGUGGCGAUAGCAGGGCCUUGCUGCACAAUUCCGCCUCCGCAUCUGGACGUUUAGGAUACGAGAAUCCAACGCUGCAGCAGAAUUUUUCGGAUUCGGGUUCUGUGAAUAGAAACAGCACGGUGCCUCUGAGUCCUCCGCCGUCCUACGAGCACGUUCUAGAGGAGAUUUCCAAAAUAACAACCCACAUGGAAAUGUUACAGAAUCGCCUCGCAGCUCUGGACAAAGACAACAAUCCCACAAAUACCCCCGCCAAUUGGACAUACUGCAGUGGAACAUCGACAGCAUCCUGUACGACAAUGAAUGAGAAUUGCACGGGUAGUGUUGAGAAUUGCCCACUGAAUGACACCGAAGAGUCCCUCGACUCACCAAUCUACACGUGCUCCACCAUGACGACGCCGUCCCAGGAGAAUUUGCUAACUUGCACGGGCUCAUGCGAUCCCCUGUACGCACACAGCUCGUGCCAGCAGGAAGGUGGCCAAGAGCAGCAGCAGACUGAAUGUCAAACGGAAGUGAGUGAAGAUGAGGAGAAUAAUUCGGAUGUUGAGUGGAAUUCCCAUGAGCAUCAGCAGCAGCAAAUGCGAAUUCACGUACCGCAGCAGAGCCCGGAAAUUCUCAGUAAUAAGAGUAGCAAGGAGCUUUACAAGGCCGUAGCGAAACAGUAUGGGAUAACGUGUGAGAUGAGUUCAUCCUGCAAAUGCCUCGAAUGCGCCUGCCACUACUUUGACUGCGAAUACGAAGAGAACGAUCAUCAGAAAACUGACGGAGGACUUGGUGCUGGUACGCCAAUGUUUAUCAGUGAAGUUAUGCACGGAACGGCCUGCGUUAUUCUCUAAAUUUGUGGAAAAAUGCGCAUUUUUUUCAAGAAUUUCUUGGUGCAAUUUUUGUGGCCUCAUGAAGGUAAAUUUAAUUACAAAAAAAAAUUGAAACACCCCCUAUGAGGCUCUAAUGCAUUGAAAAAAAAAUCAAUUUGAUAAAGUAAUCCUAAAGUAAAAACAAAAGGAAAAUGUAAUGAAAUUAUAUUGUAAAAUUAGUAAGUAAAAAUAAAACUGAAUGCAAGUGUCUAUUGAUAUUGAAAAAAAAAGAACAAAAAUAGCAUUAAAAACCAAAUUGCACAUUUUUCUAUAAUAUUAGGAAUCAUUUCCCAACAAAAAAAAACAUAUUUAUUGUAAUUCCCCGUAUAAAACAUUUGCACAAAAAAAGGAUAUAUCCUCAAUGAAACUUAAGAUUAAUUAAAAAAGAAAAUGUUUAUAAAAUCUAAAGAAAAAAAACUAAUGUACUCCACUAAUCAGGGUGUCCAUUUUAUGAGAAAAUGUGAAAUAGGAAAUUCUUGUGUGAAAAUAAAACCUCUGUGUGAAAAUCUGUUACAAAAGAGAGAUCCAAUAGGAAAAGUAUGAUAUACAUAGUAGUUGGUUAGGAAUAUAUUUUUAUAGAGAAUCCUCAAAAAUGCAAAAUGAAAUGCAAAUUUUUGGAGGCAAUUCAGUGACUGUUAGUGAUCUGCAAAUUCCUUUAGAACAAAAAGAAUCACACACAAACCGUAAUAAAUUAUUCUUUGUAAACUUUGAAAAACUAUAUACACAAGAAUGGUUCUAACGAAAUUCUAACUAAGAGAUGUAAAAGUAAAAUAAAAAAAGAGAAAAUUGUCGACGCAAAACUUGACUGAAAAUAAAACGAAAAAUUAUAUAUUUGAGCUAUAAAAGUAAUUUCAAACAAUUUAUGAGACAUAAUAUACACCACAACCUUUGUAUUUUGAAAUGAUGGCAGUUCAUUGUGGAGCGAAGAAAGAAUUUUCUUUCCGCAUUGGUUCUCGCCUAGAGAACGGAUAACAGUGUUAAAUUUCAUUCACUGCCCAUGCACACCAGUCCACCAUAUUUUUCAACAACAAACACCCACUAUGCGACGAUAAAAGAACAUUAUGGAGAUUCCUCCGAAAGCGAUCAACACGCAUUUCACUACAAAACUCUCCCCUAGACCAUUUACCACCUACUUCACAGUAAAAGACAUCGCAAUUGAAAGAAAGAAAAACAAAAUGUAAGCCUACGUGAAACUUGUAACUGGAGGGAGAUUGUAACUAAUUUUAUAAAAAUAAAUUUAUGUUUGUAAAGAUACAAAAAA